ACACUACAACAGAGGAACGAAAAGUCAUACAGAAAUCACCAGAAAUAGUUCCAAAAACAAUAAAGCCAAAAGUAACUACAGACAAAGUAGUUGUUGAUGAAAAAAUAACGAUUAAACCAACAGCAGUUUCAGAGACAACAACAGAGGAAGAAAAAGUAACACAAGAAACACCAGAAAGAGGGCCGAAGACAAUAGAGCCAACACUAACAACAAACCAAGUUAUUGUUGAUGACAAAAUAAUGAUUAAACCAACAGCAGUUUCAGAGUCAACAACAGAGGAAGAAAAAGUAACACAAGAAACACCAGAAAGAGGACCAAAGACGAUAGAGCCAACACCAACAGCAAACCAAGUUAUUGUUGAUGACAAAAUAACGAUUAAACCAACAGCAGUUUCAGAGUCAACAACAGAGGAAGAACAAGUCACACAAAAAACACCUGAAAGAGGACCAAAGACGAUAGAGCCAACACCAACAGCAAACCAAGUUAUUGUUGAUGACAAAAUAACGAUUAAACCAACAGCAGUUUCAGAGUCAACAACAGAGAAAGAACAAGUAACACAAAAAACACCAGAAAGAGGACCAAAGACAAUAGAGCCAACACCAAAAACAAACCAAGUUAUUGUUGAUGACAAAAUAACAAUUAAACCAACAGCAGUUUCACAAUCAACAACAGAGGAAGAACAAGUAACACAAGAAACACCAGAAAGAGGACCAAAGACAAUAGAGCCAACACUAACAACAAACCAAGUUAUUGUUGAUGACAAAAUAACGAUUAAACCAACAGCAGUUUCAGAAUCAACAACAGAGGAAGAACAAGUAACACAAAACACACAAGAAAGAGGACCAAAGACGAUAGAGCCAACACCAACAGCAAACCAAGUUAUUGUUGAUGACAAAAUAACGAUUAAACCAACAGCAGUUUCAGAAUCAACAACAGAAGAAGAACAAGUAACACAAGAAACACCAGAAAGAGGACCAAAGACAAUAGAGCCAACACUAACAACAAACCAAGUUAUUGUUGAUGACAAAACAACGAUUAAACCAACAGCAGUUUCAGAGACAACAACAGAGGAAGAACAAGUAACACAUGAAACACCUGAAAGAGGACCAAAGACGAUAGAGCCAACACUAACUACAAACCAAGUUAUUGUUGAUGACAAAAUAACGAUUAAACCAACAGCAAUUUCAGAGUCAACAACAGAGGAAGAACAAGUAACACAAAAAACACCAGAAAAAGGGCCAAAGACGAUAGAGCCAACACUAACAACAAACCAAGUUAUUGUUGAUGAAAAAAUAACGAUUAAACCAACAGCAGUUUCAGAGUCAACAACAGAGGAAGAACAAGUCACACAAAAAACACUAGAAAGAGGGCCGAAGACAAUAGAGCCAACACCAAAAGCAAACCAAGUUAUUGUUGAUGAAAAAAUAACGAUUAAACCAACAGCAGUUUCAGAGUCAACAACAGAGGAAGAACAAGUAACACAAGAAACACCUGAAAGAGGACCAAAGACGAUAGAGCCUACACUUACAACAAACCAAGUUAUUGUUGAUGACAAAAUAACGAUUAAACCAAUAGCAGUUUCAGAGUCAACAACAGAGGAUGAACAA